AUGGCUGAGGAGAUAAGAGCAUCCGUGGCUGCAACCACCGCCACCAAUACAAAGAAACGAUCUUUAUGGCCGGCCCUCCUCCGAUGGAUUCCCACAUCAACCGAUCACAUCAUCGCCGCCGAAAAACGCCUUCUCUCUCUCCUCAAGACGCCUUACGAGACAGAGCAGGUUAAUAUUGGCUCGGGUCCGCCAGGUUCGAAAAUUAGUUGGUUUCGAUCGGUGAGUAAUGAGCCGAGGUUCAUUAAUACGGUUAGUUUUGAUAGCAAAGAAGGGUCUCCCACGCUUGUUAUGGUCCACGGAUAUGGUGCUUCUCAAGGCUUCUUUUUCCGGAAUUUCGACGCCCUUGCCCAGCAUUUUAAAGUCAUUGCAAUUGAUCAACUUGGUUGGGGUGGUUCUAGUAGGCCUGAUUUCACAUGUAAAAGUACUGAAGGUUCGUUCUAA